AUGGCUUCCCUUCUUCAUCCGCCUGUAGCACCAGAUAAUAACUCUAAAGUUGUAGAACUACAGACCAGUCUAGACUUUAUUACUGCAUUUGAGAACACGGCGAUCCAGCCAACAGAUAGAAGCAAAGGUACUCAGAGAGAGGAUGAGGCGGUUUUCAUGACAUGGGAAGACUUGUGGGUGACUGUUGGAAGUGGAAAGAAUAGAAAACCAAUAUUGCAGGGUCUGACUGGUUAUGCCAAGCCAGGACAGCUUUUGGCCAUAAUGGGUCCUUCAGGAUGCGGCAAAACCACACUCCUAGAUGCUUUAGCAGGAAGAUUAGAUUCAAACAUGCAGCAAACAGGGAAGAUUCUAAUCAAUGGAAACAGACAAGCACUAGCAUAUGGAACAUCAGCAUAUGUCACCCAAGAUGAUGCUAUGCUGUCAACUUUAACGGCCGGGGAAGCUUUAUAUUACUCAUGCCAGCUCCAACUUCCAGAUUCUAUGUCCAUUGAAGAGAAGAAGGAGAGAGCGGACUCUACACUCAGAGAAAUGGGUCUACAAGAUGCCAUCAACACCAGGAUUGGAGGGUGGACUACAAGAGGCCUUAGCAGUGGACAAAAGAGAAGACUUAGCAUUUGCAUUGAGAUUAUAACACGCCCGAAACUUCUCUUCCUUGACGAACCAACUAGUGGUCUUGAUAGUGCAGCUUCUUAUUAUGUUAUGAGCAGAAUUGCCAGUAUAAACAUAAGGGAUGGCAUUGAAAGAACAAUUGUAGCAUCUAUCCAUCAGCCUAGUAGUGAAGUUUUUCAACUUUUCCAUAAUCUCUGCCUUCUGUCUUCUGGUGAAACAGUAUAUUUUGGCCCUGCAUCUGAGGCAAAUGAGUUCUUCGCUUCAAAUGGUUUUCCUUGCCCAAGUCUCUACAAUCCUUCUGAUCAUUUCUUAAAGAUCAUAAACAAGGAUUUUGAGCAGGAUCCUGAAGAAGGCUUUGGUAAAAGAGUAACAACAGAAGAAGCGAUUAAUACCCUUGUGGAGUCCUACAAGUCAUUUGAAAUUCGCCAACAAAUUCUGAAGGAAGUGGAAGAAAUAAGCGAAAAUGAUUCUGAUGCAUUUGGGAAAAAGAGAACCCAUGCUGCACUCGUUACUCAGUGCCUUGUCCUUAUAAGAAGAUCUUCCCUGCAUAUGUACCGUGACAUAAGCAAUUACUGGUUACGUCUUGCUGUGUAUGUUGCAAUAGCUACUAGUCUGGGUACCAUAUUCUAUAACGUGGGCUUAAGUAUUGAAUCUAUUCAGGCUAGAGGAUCGCUGCUCACAUUUUUUACUUCAGUCCUCACUUUCAUAACCCUCAUUGGCGGGUUGCCUCCACUUUUGGAAGAAAUGAAGGUAUCCAAACGAGAGAGGUUGAAUGGACAUUAUGGAGUCACUGCUUUUCUCAUUGGAAACAUAUUAUCUGCUAUACCUUACAUGCUACUAUGAUGUCUGUGAUACCUGUUCUGAUAGUUUACUAUCUUUCUGGUCUGCAUAAAGGAGUUGGACGCUUUAUGUAUUUAGCUUCUGUGCUAUUUGCCAUUGUUAUGUCUAUUGAGAGCUUCAUGCUGGUUAUUGGGAGUAUCUUCUCUAAUAGCACAAUGGGUAUAUCAUUGUUGGGGGAAUUCAAGG